AUGAUCUCUAAUUGGAAGCAGAAGUUGAAGGACACUCACAUCACGUCACCUUUCUCGAGGAGUAACAAAUCCCCAUCUAAGGACAACACCCCAUUAUCAGCCACCUCUUCUCUCAACCCGGUGAACUCGAUUCCUUCGAAGCCACCAGCUGCCUACAUUCCUGGUUCAGAGUACUCGGGAUCCACAACAUAUAUUAACGGUGACGAUACCGAAGAAGAUGAAAACAGCGAGAGUGCUUUUACUAACACCAACGAGGCGGAUGGGGAGUCCCAACAAGAGACGAAACCAGAACCCUUGGAGCAGAAGCUAGAAACUGUUGCCACAUCGAGUGCCACUGCGAAGUCCAUUACUAAUGACUUGGAAAAGUUGAAUAUAACGCCAGAGACUAUCACCAAGAACCUCACGACCACAGACCCGGUGCUUGAUGAGUCUUCGGCUCAAGCCCCUGUCACCAAGUCAAAUGCUAAACCAGGACUGUUAACAGUGAAGGUGUAUACUGGUAAUGACAUCAGGUUGCCGAUUUCUCUCAAAAUUACGAAGCCUGUGCUGGAGAGAUUAGCAUCUUGCGGAGUGAACAUCGAUAUACCCACAAUGGAAUCCAACAUAGACAGUCUGCUUCAGGCUGCAAAUGCUCCCAGUGGGAUCAACACGAAAGACUUGGAGCUUUUGGUCACCAAGAGCUUACCUGCCUUAGUUCAAGUUCCCAAUCCUGCUGGUGACAGUUCUGUCAAGACCCCGUUGGUGUAUAUGACCGUUGAGUUCGACAAUAACACAGAGGCCAUCGAUGCCAUUGGAAACACCUUGCAGAACCCGAAAUUCAACAAUGUGACUGCUUUUGAUGUCUCCAACCAUUUGAACAGUAUGAAUAUUCAGCUCUUCAUAAGGUUGCCGUCGGUGUUGAUACCCGAUGAGGGUAAGACAAGCGAGCAAAACCAGGAUAUCCUGGUUGGUACCGCGCAGGUCAAUCUGAAAAGCUUCAACGUGGAAGGUACCUCCAAAAGGCUAAUUAACCACGGAUGGAUAAGCUUGACGAACCCAUACACCGAUAAGAAUGCCGGUUUCAUCAACAUCACCAUAGACUUCAAGCUACAAGAGAAGCACUCGCUAAGCAUCAAAGAUUUUGACCUGUUGAAGGUGAUAGGAAAGGGUUCUUUCGGGAAAGUGAUGCAGGUAAGGAAGAAGGAUACUGGCAAGAUUUAUGCUCUGAAAUCUAUCAGAAAAGCUCAUAUCGUUUCAAAGAUGGAAGUCACUCACACUCUUGCAGAGAAGUUCGUUCUUUCGAGGGUGGACAACCCUUUCAUCGUUCCUCUCAAAUUCGCUUUUCAGUCUAACGAGAAGCUGUAUCUGGUUCUUUCUUUUAUCAAUGGGGGCGAGUUGUUCUAUCAUCUUCAACAAUCCAGGAGGUUUUCGCCAGUUCGCUCGAAAUUCUACAUCUCAGAGUUACUCAGCGCGAUUGAAUGUCUUCACAAUCUCAAUAUCAUCUAUCGUGAUCUAAAACCAGAGAACAUUUUGCUGGACUACCAAGGUCAUAUUGCUCUUUGUGAUUUUGGUUUAUGCAAGAUGAACAUGAAGAUUGAACAGAAGACAAACACUUUUUGCGGAACCCCAGAGUAUCUGGCACCAGAGCUUCUACUCAACAGGGGGUAUACCCGGGUGGUUGAUUUUUGGACGCUGGGAACACUUUUGUACGAGAUGCUUACCGGUCUGCCUCCGUUCUACGAUGAAGAUGUGAAUAAGAUGUAUUCCAAGAUCUUGAAUGAUACGCUGGUUUUCCCCAGUGACAUGGAGACUAGCACCAAAUCGUUGAUCAAGGGUUUACUUACGCGCGAUCCAACUAAGAGACUGGGCUACAACGGAACGCACGAGAUCAAGACCCAUCCCUAUUUCGCAGAUGUGGACUGGAACAAACUUCUGGUCAAAGGUUACAUUCCGCCAUACAAACCACUUGUGAAAGACUCUACAGAUACCUCAAAUUUUGAUUCCGAAUUCACCAGUGAAAGACCUCUUGAUUCUGUUGUUGAUGACUUUCUCAGUGAAUCAGUUCAGAAGCAGUUUGGCGGAUGGACGUAUAUAGGGAGUGACACUUUGGGCCAAGUGACGAGAGGUGAGUCGUUCAAGUGA